AUGGCUGCAGGUAGAAGGAACUUUCUGGACAUAAGGGACCAUUCUGAAGGACAGGCCCACCAGGGAGCAGAGAAGUCCUCCACAAGGAAGGUCUUCUGAGUGCUUCAGAGGAAGACGUUGAAGCUGCAGCAGAUCCUGAUGGACCAUUUCUUUAAGAUGACUAGCCAGCGGGUGCAGAGCCUCUCACCAGAAGACCAGCAAAGCCCACAAACCUCCUGGAAGUGGAUAAAGAGGAUGGGCUUCUUAAUGUCCUGGAUGGCCAGCCUCAUAUGGGCUGAGGCUACAAAGGAACUGAAGUUCAAAGAACCCCUCCCUCGCUCGGACCCUAGAUGUGACAUCAAAGCUGGGCAGCAAGCCCUGUCAUCUUGGCAGCCUGACCUACCCGGUCCCAGGCUGGGUGGUUUUGAAGCUGCCUUUGUCAGCCAGGUCCUGUCCAAACGUGGUACUGACAUCUAUGAUCUUUACUGCGCCAGCUUCCAGAGCUAUGAGGCCUAUCAGAGAGACAAAUACCACAAAGAAGAAAACCCUAUGGGCUUCAUCAACCUUGGUACCAGCGAGAACAAGCUUUGCCUUGACCUGAUAAAAGAAAGGCUGAGUCAGAGUGACAUGAACCAAAUUGAAGAGGAUCUCUUGCAGUACUCCGACUGGCAAGGACAGCCCUUCCUUCGGAAAGAGCUGGCCAGCUUCUUGACCUGCUACUGCCGGGCACCUACACCCCUUGAUCCAGAAAAUGUGGUGGUUCUAAAUGGCUGCUCCUCAGUCUUUUCUUCACUGGCCAUGGUUCUUUGUGACCCAGGUGAUGCCUUUCUGAUCCCCACACCAUGCUACAGUGGCUUCGCCUUCAGCUCCUGCCUUUAUUCGAAAGUCGAACUUAUUCCUGUCUACUUGGAAAGCCAGGCUGACUCGUCUUUUUCCCAUCUCACCAUGGAUACGCUGGAGCUUACCCUGACUCAGGCUAAGAUGAAGGCAAAAAAGGUCAAAGGCCUUGUGCUAGUCAACCCCCAGAAUCCUCUGGGUGAGGUCUACACUCGAUUGAUGCUGAAAGAAUACCUGGCCUUUGCCAAGAAGUACAACCUACAUGUGAUCAUAGAUGAGAUUUACAUGCUGUCCGUGUUUGAUGCAUCCAUCACAUUCCACAGUGUUCUGAAUAUAAAGCACUUGCCUGACCCUAACAAAACCCAUAUGAUCUGGGGCACUAGUAAGGAUUUUGGCAUAUCUGGCUUCCGCUUUGGUGUUCUCUACACUCACAACAAGGAGGUAGCCUCUGCCAUGAGAGCUUUUGGCUACCUCCACGGUGUCUCUGGCAUUACACAGUUCAAGCUGUGCCAACUGCUCCAGGACAGAGAAUGGAUCGACCAGCUGUACCUGCCUACUAACCACAGCCGGCUCCGGAAGGCUUACCUCUAUGUCACUAAGAGGCUGGAGAAGCUGAAGGUCCCCUUUUUCAAUGGCGGCUCUGGCCUCUAUGUCUGGAUCAACUUGAGAGCAUACCUGAGCCCAUGCACGUUUGAGCAAGAGCAGAUCCUUUGCCAGUGUUUCCAGGACAACAAGCUGCUGUUAUCUAGGGGAAGAUCCUACAUGUGCAAGGAGCCUGGCUGGUUCCGCCUCAUCUUUGCAGAGGACCAACUUCAACUAAAAGUGGCUCUGGAUCGGUUCUGCCAGGUGCUCAAGGAACACAAAAAGGCCCCGAGACUGAAACAGCUGAAGCCGGCCAUCGUGACAUAG